AUGAGUCAUAUUUGUCAAGUUCACGUUGGCAGCGGAAGAGCUUACUAUACCUGUGAAUGGAGAAAUUGCGAGCGAGGCUCGCUGCGUCCAUUUAUGAAAAGACACAAGAUACAUAAUCAUAUCAGAACGCACACUGGUGAAAAGCCCUUCAUAUGCAAAGUUUCAGGCUGCCAUAAGAAUUUCUCUAGACCUGAUUCUUUAACGUUACAUAUGAGAACGCACUCUAACCAACGUAACUAUUUAUGCUCUGCACCUGGUUGUGACAAAGCGUAUUAUCACUCAAGGUCAUUGAGAAAGCAUGUAAAAACAUUUCAUUUAUCAUUAUUUUCUUCAUCAAGAAAGCAGCAGUAG